AUGACCAGCCGUGUGUUCGGAUUCGGUGCGCUGAGCCGUCACAAGCGCGCGUUUGUAUAUACCCUCCACCUUGCAGGCACAUUCUGCUGGUUCAAGAUAUUCAAUGAACAUUUUUACGAGCUCAAGGCCUCUGAUGGCCCAUCUAUGUAUCCAACCAUUCACUUUCAGGGGGACUGGCUAUUGAUAUCAAAACACUACAAGAAUGGGCGUGAUAUUGAGUUUGGAGAUAUAAUCGUCUAUAAGAAACCACAUGACUUCCACUCCGAGGUUGCAAAGCGAGUUGUCGGGUUACCUGGGGAUUAUGUGCUGAAGAACCCUCCAUUAAACGGAGAGACGGUUUUGGAGCAUGAUGCACAGAUGAUACAGGUCCCUGAAGCCCAUGUUUGGGUAAGCGGCGACGAUGCACCAUGGUCGAUAGACUCCAAGGAUUACGGGCCAGUACCAAUGGGCCUCAUCAUAGGCAGGGCUCUAGGAAGGGUCUGGUAUCCGUUUAAUUACGAACGAUUUGAAAACACGUUGAAGCCAGUCACGACAGCUGAACCAUAA